AUGCAUCGACACCUCCUACAUCGAGGGUUCCCCCACCUCGCCCCUCCAGCCUCCGGGCCCAGCCGCACUCGGCCAGGACCUCGCCGGUCACCACUAGACAGCCCCCCACUUCCGGCCCACGCCCCGCCCCCGGGACAACGGAGCGCGCGCCCCGACACAGGCCGCGCGCCCGACACGGUCCCGCCCUUCCCCCCCCCCCCCACAUCCCGCGCGACGCCGCGACGCUCACGAGGGCCGCCUCCCGUGACUUCCCGACUGCUGCCGCCGCCCGGGCCCCCUGGCCGCCUCACCGGCUCUGAGGGAACCCGCGUCCGCUGUCCGCGCGCCCGGCUCCGGUUCCGUCUUCGCCUCGUUCAAACCGUCGGACCCCGCCCGCGCUCGCGCAAUGACCUCACACGCACCCGCCGUGAUGCGCCGACGCACGGCCUCGUCAGCGCCCGCCCGGCCUUUUAUAGAGACGGACUGGCCCGCGGGCCGGAGGCGGGGCCGAGCCUUUGA